CUGUGAGCAACCCAGACUGGAGGGAGGUGUCCCUGCCUGCAGCAGAGGGCUGGGACUGGGUGAUCUUCAAGGUCCCUUCCAACCCAAACCAUUCUGUCAUUCUAUGAUGACUGUCAGUGUUUGGAGUUUUGGUGAUGCAGCGUUGAUUGUUUCCAUUAGUAACUGUUAAGAAAUGCUCCUCAGAGCCUCAGCCGCUCCCCUUAGGUCUGUGCUCCAGAACCUUCCCAGCUUCAUUGCCCUUCUCUGGACACGCUCCAAAAUAAGCAAAUAGGAACUGAACAGCGAGGCACAAGGAGAUGGAAGCAGUAGGGAUGAGCUCUGCGGGAUCUGUUUCAUGGCAGCUCCCCUCUCCCCUUUCCACCUCCAGGCAGGAUUUACAGGACAGUUUUCCAGGAGGGAGAGGUUGAGGGGAGAAGCUGUGGUGCUGGGGUGCGUGUCUGUUCCCCUGGGAAUGGUGGGAAUGCAAAGCUCCCCAGCGUGCUGCUGUACAGACUGAGCUGACCAGCUGGCUGUGAAGGACACGUGCUGUAGGGAACUUCAGGUCUGUGCAAUGUCACGCACCAGAGGUGCAAUAGACUCAUGGAAAAUGGGGCUGGCCAGGUCGUGGAAGAGUUGUUCGCUCAUCCCUCUUCCCCGCAGCGGGAUCAGCUCAGCCUGAGUCACUCCUGAGCAAUGCUUGUUCAUCCUGUUCUGAUAAACCUCCAGUGCUGGCAGCACACCUCCCCCUGGGGCGGCUGUCGGAGCCUAUCCCUGUCACCAGAAAGCUUUUUCCCUUGUCAGACAUAAAUCUCCUGUAAUUCAAUGUCCCUGCUGGCCACGUUAACCCACGGCCCUCCUCCUGCCUCGGGCAAGUAACGGGAGUCCGAACUGCGAGCUGCUUUGCACAACUGCUCCCUGAAUUUAGUGUCCUGCUGGGGAUAAGGUCCCAGGGAAAGGGGCUGUGUCACACUCCUGGUUUCCCCUCUCCUUCACUUCCCAAAGCCAGAAACUUGAGGGAGGAAACAAGAAAGAUCCUUGGCACAGCUUUGGCCUAGAGCAGCGAGCUCCCUCCCACCCGCAGGUGCAGUUUGGGGGUUUCUGAGGCCACGGGCUGUUCUCCCAAACCAGUUUGGAUGUGGCCAUGAAUGAGGCCAUGUGCAAGCUUGUGAGGUCGGACCAUGGCAUGUCUGGAUUGUAAAUGCGAGGUAUCCAUGCUGGCCUCCUCAACACCACUCUUCUAGUUUCUAGGCUGUCGCAUGCAGUGGGUCAGGAUGUCUCUUGUCUCUCUCCUUCUCUCUUGGACCCCUGCUUCAAUAUUAUACAGCAGCAGGCACAAGGCACUUGGGAACAGAGGUGUGAAUACAGCCAGCAGCUCUCUCUCCUCACAGGGGGUGAGGAGCAAGGCACAGCCCUGUUCUCUCCUUAAUUUUUGGGCGUAAGAGGGUUCGGGCAAGCCACUGCUGUAGGGUUUGGAUUAUUCACCUGCAGGAGGGUCAAAAAUAUCCCAAGGUUUCCAAGGGAAGAUUCGUCAGUUCUAAGAUCUUGGGAGAUGAACGAGCAGGGAAAAAAAGAGGGAGAUAAAUCAUCCCUGUCAUGUUGCCUCAAAACUCCUCCCGCUGGGAGUUUGCCCUUUCCCACAGCAGCUCCAGGGCCGAGGAUGAGCUGUUCUGAUGCACGGAGGGAGGAGGAGCAUCUCUUUCUUCUGUCGGACUCAGGGGGGAGGACAUGCACCCAUCCACACUUUGUGAUGUGCUCAUGUGCCCUGGGAAUGUGAGGAAGAUACUCAUAGUAGGUACUAACACAUUUUUUAUUUUUAUUUUUUUCCUGGAGAUUCAUUCUCUCUUGGUCUUAAGUUGCUGUGGCCACCAGAUCUCUGGUGCCUCUCCAUCCUCCUGUUAUCUCCAGCACUCCCUCGUGACUGCUGUGCAGUUAGAGCGUAUUUCUCCGCAGCUGAACAGAGCUCUCAGUCUUUGGGCCAAGCGUGGCAGAACCUUUGGUGACCUCUGCAUGCCAGUGCUGCAGGUGGGAGAGACAGCCAUUGACACAAGGAUGCUCAAAGGCUUCAGGAAGCUGUUCUCUUCAGCACUGGGGACUCUGAAGCAUUGCCAGAUGAUCACUCCCGAUCUUUAGUGUCUCCGAAUUCCUCUUCUUUAAAUUUUAGUCCUUGAUUUGUCCCUCGUGCUGUGAGGUCUCCUCCUACUGCUGUCUUGCCUGAACAAGUAUUUGUUUCUAUUACAUAAUGACAUUGCAUUAGAAUUCAGAUCGGAUAUUAGGAAAAAUUUCUUCUCUGAAAGAGUGGUCCGGUGCUGGAAUGGGCUGCGCAGGGAGUGGGGGAGUCACUGUCCCUGGGGGGGGGGAUCAAGAACCGUUUAGAUGUGUUCCAAAGGGCCAUAUAUUGGGGUUAUAUUGGUGGUUGGUGGAUGGUUGGACUGGGUGAUCUUGGAGGUCUCUUCCAACCUUGGUGUUUCUCUGAUUCUAUCAUGAUCAAUUCUAAAAUCCUGGUGUCCAAACAUCCCCGACAAAGAAAACUGAAGAGAAGGAUUUGUGCCAGGACCGGGAAGAAUGUAAGAAUAAAUGGGGAGGGAAAGCUAAAGAAAGAAGGAAAUGGAAAUGCCAUCUUGAAUAUCCACGUGCACGUGGGGUAAGCAGGGCCUGGUACACAUCAUGUACAUGGAAUCAUAGCAUCACUGAAUCAUAAAAUGAUGGAAUCAUUGAAUCAUUGAGGUUGGGAAAGACCCCUAAGAUCCCCAAGUCCAACCCCAACCCAUCCCUACUGUGCCCACUGUGUCCCUCAGUGCCACUCCUACCCUUUUCUUGUUGCACUGUUGCGUUUUUAAGCAAAUCUUAGGUUCAGAACGCCCCUCCAAUGGAAUGUGGUUCUUCCCUUGGUGAAGGAGCUGGUGCAGAGGGUUGCAGCAUGCCCAGCUCCAUCAUGGGCUCCCUGAAACCCAUCUCUUUCCCGCGGGGUCGGUGCUCAUAACAGCACCCCUGGAUUCUCAGUGUGCAGAGGAGUAGGCUCAUAGAAAACCAGAGGAGGCAGAGCCUUUGUACUGGUUGCUAUGGAAAUCUCUUGUGUUUCUCUUCUGCUUCUUUUCAUCUAUUUACCGUGGCACUAAAACAAUUUGUCUUCUUAGCCUGUUUUAAUUCAAGCAUCAGCUCCCUCUCCGGUGAAGACCCACGGCCAACCUGGACAGCAGGGAAAACAUGGCUGCAGAGAUGGAGGUGAAGGCCUACACCCUCAGGCCUGCUCGGAAGACUUGCUGCUGGGGAGAAGAAGGGGAGAUCUCUGCUCAAGAAGCAACCUCUGAGCGUGGUGUGUCUCUGCAGCGCUGCUUUUGCUGCGUGGCUUCUCCUAAAUGGGGCUGGAGGGAGGCAGCCCAGGCUGCUGGGAGCUUGCCGGGGGCUCCCAUUUGCUUCUUGCUCUCCUGCCCACAAUUCUGGUCUUUCAUGUCAAAUGACAAAGGAUAUCAGUGCAUCGAUCCUCUCUGUCGUGGGCACCCGCAAAGCACCGGACCUCAAUGAAGCUAAUUGACAGGAAACCAACAAAUCCUAAUGGCCUUAAUGGAUCCAUAUGGCAACAGGAGGGGAGCAUUGCUUCAGUGCCGGGACUGGGCUUGGUCCAGAAACUGUCGCUGCUGGAUGGAGGCGGACAAGGUGUGUUAUUUCUGCGGGUCCUCCUGGAGCUGGGAGCUGGGAAGGAGCAGAGCACUGGGGAAGAGGAGGCAGUCCCACCACGCAGAGCUUUAGCUCUCUGCAGAGGUUCUAGCAGCAGAGGUUGGGAUUUGGAAAGGGCUCUCCGCCGGAUAUUCUCCCUCAUUGCUGCUGCACGCCCAACCUGGCCUCGGCAGGAUUUGCUUUCCAAGCCUUCAGCUUCCAAGCGAAAAACUCUGUGAUUUGGGACGUGCGGAGCUCAGCGCUGGCCUGCAGAGGGUAUCCUAACCCUGCACACGGCUCCAGCCUCACACCAUGCCGCCCCAAGCCAACACCUCUGCCUCUCCCAGCCUGCCAGGGAACAUUUCUUUGCUUCUCACCUCUCCCGAGGAGCUGGCAGCGUUUUGCCGCUGUCACUUCUCUCUGUGGUUCUCCCAGUGACGAUGCCAGCUUGGGGAUCACCCAUCCACAGCCCCCUUUGCUGGGGUGGGGGGGAUGUUCUGCAGCAGAGACGGGAGAUACAGACAGCUUUUCCAGCUUUCCUCUCGGUCCUUAACCUUGGUGCUUCCUUCCUCUCCUUGUCUCAUCCUUGUAUCUCUGACCCUUCUCUACGUCCUGCUGCUCAGCCUCUCUGCUGCUUGCCUCUUCAUGCCUUGGACAAUCCAUCCCAUUGCUUGUGCUCAAUGAGGCUUUGCUCUGCUGGCUCCCUUCACCCUUUUCUGGUCACUAAUCUCCAUCCCUGGAGGGAAAUCUCUGCUCUUCCUCCCUGUCCUCUCUCCAUCAGUUUGCCCUGAUUAUAGGCAUCUCAUUACCUUUCUUUUAAGCCUUAUCAGUUGGUGACUACCUCAAGCCCUCAAAGGUGUAGAUUUAGAGCUCUUAAAAGUCCCUCCCAUGCUAAAACUACCUUUGUUGCUUUGCUUAUGGAUGUCUGGGUGGGGAACAAACAUUCCCAAACUCUGGCAAGCCAUUGCUGGCACUUUCUGUUGUGGAUUUUGACCAGAUCCUCUUGCAUACCCACAAAGCCCUUGGGAACACACCUGAGCUCAGGAGCUAUGAAGAACUGUGUUACCUCCAGCACCCUGGGCUGCAGGUGUUAUCUCCUGCAGUAGUUACAUCUCUGUAGAGCAAUAAAUGUGAAGGCUGCUCCUCCCUUUCCCUGGGCUGUGAAUCAGGAGAGGAAGGGUGAAGUCCUCUGCAGGCUGCCUUCAUAGCCCUUGCCUUCAAGAAACCUCCAGGAGCAUCCUGAGCUCUCACCAGCAUUAAUCACACAUCAGGAGGAGAGCAGGCAACCAGGUGCUGCGAAAGGCAAUGUCUGAGUGUUUGAGGUCGAUGCCAACCCUCUCUGUUCGGGUGGGAGCACUGGGAUGGAGAGUCCAGUGGAGCAGUGAAGGAGGUGAACGAGUAUUGUAGGAGAAACUCCCCCCAAGCAAGGAAAUCUCGACAGCAGCCAGGACAAGAGGCGACAGCAUAAAAACAGGCCAGGGUUCAGCCUGAGGGAGCCUUGCCAGUGCUUCUCUUCCCAUUCAGGUUGGAGGUGCAGAGCCAGUGGUGAGAGCAACUCCUGGGACAUGGCGCGUGGGGGUCAGAUGUUCUCUGCAGCUCAGAGAAGAACGUUCUUCCUCCGCGUCCACUUCUCUCCAUCUCUGUGUGGUUCCCAGAUGGACUGGUGGGGAACGGACCCCCCCCAGGUCAUCAGCCCUAAUUACCCUAAUGUCCCUCUCUAGCUCCUGAUGACUUGUGUGCCUCCAGCGCCACUGAACAGGACAGGAUCAAUGGGGCAGGAGCCAUGUGUCCUUGCCCUUGAGUGGGCCCAGUGCUUUGAUUUCUUCUUCCCCUUUCAGAUUGCUGUGUGUCACUCUGUGACGGCGAGAGGGGAGUUUUGCGAAGCUGCGGCACGAAGAAAAAAUAUGGAUUUUGCUCAGUUUAUCCCUUCUUAGUGGAGUAUGGCAGAGAAGCGACAUCCCAUUCCACGCCCAUCCCCUUCUGAUGGAAGGACUCCAUCUCCAUUGGCUAUAGAUGAGUAAAGCAGACCUUGAAUCAUAGAAUCAUGGAAUAUCUCGAGUUGGAAGGGGCCCGUAAGGAUCACUGAGUCCAACCUCUGGCAUGCCAGUGUCAGACUGUUGAGUUGGAAGGGACCCACAAAAGUCAUCCAAGAUGAAUCAUCUCCAUCAAACGCAUGCCAAGCAUUAAUUAUGUGAUCACUAGCCAUCAAUGGGGAUGAGUGAAACCUGUGGAGCUACAGGAGGGAUCUCACCUCUGCUCUGUGCAGCCCUGGGUUUGGGUGUCAGCCUUCCCAAUGGCUGCAGUUCAUCGAAUCCCAGAAUCCCGGAGUGGUUUGGUUGGAAUGGACCUCCCGGCCCCCCCAGCCCCACCCCCCAUGGGCAGGGACACCUCCCACAACCCAGUGCCCACAGCCCCAUCCAAGGUCUUGGGCACUGCUGGGGGUGGGCACUCACAAAUCUGUGAGAAUUCCUUCUCAGUGCCUUAUCCAAGUCUGCUCUGUUUAUUUUGAAGCCAUUAACCUUUGUACUGUAGCUACGCUCCUUCUAGGUGAUGUUUCCCUGCUCAAUGAAAGGAGCUCGCUGCUGGCUUGGCUGGCUGAGGGUCAGUGGCGUGGGCUGGCCUUGGGGGAUUCAGCAUGGUGGGUGCUCUGCGAUGACCGACGUUGAGGAUUUAUGCCUGCAUUCCCCACGGUGGGCAGAAGGAACAGCGUGUUUCAGCAGCAUGUGGGGUCAGGGCUUGCUCCUGCUUCUUUGCAGCCAGAUUUCUUUACACCCAGCAGAUUUCCAGUCCCGUUGCCCGCUGCUGGCAGCUCUAACCUACGCGUUUCUCCUGGCCCACAAUUCCGGGCUGCAAACUUCCAGGGAAAGGUGCUGAGUGCCGCCAGUUCCUGCAGCCCGCAGCCCCGCCAGCCCGCUGUCCUGCCACGAGGUUCGCGUGGCACGGGAUGUUGUUGGAGCCCACGCUGUUUAUUCAGAGGUCGGUAGGAGAAUCUCAGUUUUCAUUCGGAAAACAAAAAGGAAUUGCCCAGAAGACACGAAGCGAGUUGGACCUAAAGGCUCAGGAACCAGAAGGCAAAUAGAAAGGACCCAGGUUUUAUUAUUUGCAAGCCAAUCCCAUGGUUUUGGAGCCUGCUUCAUGAUCGCAGAUGGAUUGAGGUUGGCAGAGUCGAGCUGUCGGCCAGAUUCCUUCACAGAUUAAGAUAAAGAGCCUCGUUUUUUGCCAAAGGGUGAAUGUAUUCUUUAUGAGAUGUAAGAGAGAUGUAACACAGCACCUUGCUCCCGACAAGCCUGGCCUUUAUUUCCUGGGUCUGCACUUAGGACAUGGCUGAACGUUCCCAUAAGUUUCAGCCCCGAUGCAGGGCCAGGAUCUACAGUCCUGAAUUCAGCGGUUGCUGUUGCAAGCAGAGAUGCAAAAUAACUUCAUUGAUCCGGACUUCACAUCCCCAUUUUUCUCUGCCCUUCCUUAGCCACAUGCAGAUCUGUGCUACAAAUGUGCUUUUCAGGUCUGCCCUGUGCAAGGGAAGAGCUGGGCGAGGAGGUACCCCUUGUCCUUGUUGGGGGGCUGGAAGGAGCUUGCUAUUUACCCCAAACUCCUCAAUAUUGUGAUUCUGUGACGUGUGUCAGCUAAAUCCAUCUGCACAGGAUAAAUCUGAACCACGCAGAGGCAGCGAGGACUGAAAGACGGUGAGGAAAUGUGGGUUCUCCGACCACAUCCCCAUCCCAAACCUGCAUGGGCGCUGCAAGGGUUCCCCCCGAGCGCUCCGAGGAGAGGAGGGCAGCAUGGAUGGGCUCUGGGUUGCUCUGACAAUCAGCUCUUGUAACCCACCGGGGACUUCUGGAUCCAGAACUCAGGGAUUCCGCUGGCUGCUCUAAAACCCAGCCCUGUAUUUUGUCUUGAAGGUGUGUGGUCGUGUCAGGAUUCCUCCGGUCAGCCAUGAAAUCCAACAGCAGCUGCACUGUGCUUCCUGCAGACGGCCGGUGCCAGUCGGAAGGUGCCUGGCUUACGGCUCCUCUGUUCUUGGUCCUUCAUCGGAACCGUGCUCGCAAUCCGCAGGGGAAGGCAGCGAGUGGCGAGGAGGCGCCUUUGAUCGGAGCGAGGCGAACCCCGACGGGCACCGGCACCACUGGGACGGGCACCACCGGGACCUCCGCGGGCAUCGGUACCAUCGGGCACCGGCACCGAGACAUCGCUGAGCACCGGCACCACCGGGACCCCCGAACACCGGCACCUCCGGCCACCGACACCGAGACAUCUGCGAGCACCGGGCACCGCUCCCUCUGGGUAUCCCCAGCACUGACACCGGGACAGCUUCGAACAUCGGCACCGGGAGCAGCAGGGACACCGGGACAUCGGGCAGCGACACCGGAGCAGCCGGGCUGUGACACCACAGCACCCACCGAGCACAGGGACCGAAGCUCCCUGGGCACCGACAGCCGGGCUGCGAUGCUCCCCGGUGCGGCUCCCCUCGCUUUCCUCCUCCGGUGCCUGCUGCUGCUCUUCGCCUCCGAGAGCCGAGCGCGGGCUCGGCCUGAUAUGUUCUGUGACUUCAAUGGCAAGAAAUACAGCCCAGGUGAGAGCUGGCACCCCUACCUGGAGCCUCAGGGGCUGAUGUACUGCAUCCGCUGCAGCUGCUCUGAGAAUGGCAACACCAGGUGCUAUCGGAUCCAGUGCCCCACUCUGCAAUGCGCCAGCUCCGUCACGGACCCCCAGCAGUGCUGCCCACGGUGUCUUGAGCCAAAUUCCCCUUCUGGUCUCCGGGCACCUGUCAGGUCCUGCCAGUACAAUGGGACAACGUACCAGCAAGGCGAGAUGUUCACCACCAGUGAGCUCUUCCCCAGCCGCCAGCCCAACCAGUGUGUGCAGUGCAGCUGCUCUGAAGGCCAGAUUUACUGUGGCUUGGUGACCUGCCCAGAGCUGCUGUGCUCCAAUCCCCUAAGCGUGCCAGACUCCUGCUGCCAGGUCUGCAAAGAUGGCUCCUAUGAGAAGUCUGAGGAAGAGGAACCCCUGCAGUUAAACAGAGGUGUUAGGCACUCGCAAGACCAGUGCUUGGGGGAAGCGACAGGCAGAAAGCCGCCUGGAGCCACCGCAUCCACCAUGCUCAGUUCCUCUCUGGAGUUCAUCCCCAGGAGCUUCAAACCCAAGGGGGGAGGUGGCACCACCGUGAAGAUUGUCUUGAAAGAGAAGCACAAGAAAGCCUGUGUUUACAACGGGAAGACUUAUUCCCAUGGAGAAGUGUGGCACCCUGUCUUCCGGCUCUAUGGGCUCCUGCCCUGCAUCCUGUGCACCUGCAGGGACGGUGUCCAGGACUGCCAGAAGAUCACAUGCCCCAAGGAGUAUCCGUGUGACUCUCCAGAAAAAGUAGAUGGGAAAUGCUGUAAAAUAUGUCCAGAAACCAGAGUCAAACCCACUGAUGAAGUCAUCACUGAGCGAUGUGGCAAGAACCCCAACCACGUCCUGGUGUACAUGUUUGUGCCACCAAGCUCUGAGAACUCCAAGGAGAUCCUACGGACAGUCGCAGUCGAGAAGGAGCUCGCAGAAGAGGUGGAAAUCUAUAACUGGAAGCUGAUUAAAGGGAUAUUUCACUUGAUCCAAACCAAGAGGAUCAGCAAGCAGGAAUUCAAGCAAGAAGCGCAGAACUUCAGGCUGGUCACCAGGACGAACGAAGGUCACUGGAACAUCUUCCAAGCCCAGACGUCAGAGCCGAGGAUGACAGAGAGUCCAGAGAAAGAAACAAAGAACUUGUAAAAAAAAAAAUAAUAAUAAUAAUAAAUAACUUUAACCUAGCUAUUGAUUUAUCUACACCCACACCCACAUACACACCUACACAUAUAUACGAAAAAAAAAAAAAGUUGCAUUAUUCAAUAGACUGGCACAGCAAUAAGAGAUACACUAGUGUAAAGGGCAGCAGCUCCAGCAGAUGAACCAAACCCGACCGCAACGUGACGUCCCUCGGAGUGCUCCGUGGGACUGGAGGAGCCCAUCGUGUCCCCUGCUGCUGAAGGAGCCGGGUGGGCAGAGGAGGAGGAGUGCAUUGAGAAGAGAGGAGGCAUUUCUGGGAGCACAUGGAGCCAGCGACCGAACAGGAUGGGACCUUGCUUCGGAGCAGUGCUGGCAUUGUGAUGACCUGCAAGGAGAGAAGACGGAUCCCUGCCUCCUUUCUUGGAGGCCCUGUGAUCUGCAAAUGUUUUUUUUGGCCAAAUACCCCCCAAAGAGUGUUGAAAAAUCUUGGGUCUUUCCUCCUGUUUCACAGUGUCAUAGAAGGGUUGGAAUGGAGCCUUAAAGGCCGUCUGGUCCAAAUCCCCUGCAAUGAGCAGGGGCACCCACAGCUCCUUCGGGUGCUCUGUUCGGGCUGUUUCCUUUCUUUGCAGGUCACUCGGUGAUGUUCUUUUUGGAGGACCCACCUGCUGACACCGUUGCGGGGGGAGCCAGGAUCAUGGGGUGGUGGCACAAAUUGAGGUCCAACAGCCCCAACACUGCUUCUCAUGGUGUGGGGGUGGGGGAGGUGCCAUCCAAUCACUGCUACCACCUCUUUCUAUCCCCUGUCCCCCCUGCAAGAAUGUAACCUCCAGCACUCGCCGCUCGCUGGCUCCGAGACUCCAAACACUGCACUAACGAAGCGUGUCAUUAUGCUCUAUAUUUAUCUAUAUCCUACAGACUAUCUUCUGGGCUGUAUUCACAGGAGGAGCAUCUCCCAAAGGGCAAACAGGGCCAUUCCUGCAGCGCGGAGAGGAGGGCGUGCAGCAGCACCGCUCUCCCCCAGACUGGAAAUAGCUUUGGGGGACUUUCAGGUCGUUUGGGUACACGUAUUUAUCCCCAGUUUCUUGUUUUAUUCUGUUUUGAUAAAUCUAUUUAUUUGGAGAUCCGGAUCUGUCGGAUAAAUCUGAUUAAAGCGCCUUUUUGAUUCA